GGUUGUUUGGAGGUGAUUUCAACCAUUUCCAGGCGGAUUGUGUUCCAGACCGUUUUUCAGAUGGACAACAACCAACCAGAGGAAAGUGAGUUAUCAGCACCAAAGGAAGAGGAAGAGGAGAUGGAGGUUACCAUGACAACACACGCCCAGCAAACACACCUGACAGCAGCAGGACCUGCUGGAGACGGCGUCUGUACCACCGACGACCAUGACGACGAGGAGUCAGACUCGGACAGUGACAGUUCCUCCUCCUCUUCCUCCUCCUCCUCUUCCUCCUCAUCCUCCUCUUCUCCCUCCGUCCGCUUGCUUGAAGAGGAUGACGAUGAAGGAUUCAGCCAACCAACCGUAAUCAAAACCCAAGAUGAAGUCGUACUGGAGGAGCUUCCAGCUGUGGAGGAAGUGAGUGUGACUCUACCAGAAGAAGCAGAGCUGCAGCCAGUAGGAACCGUCACCAGUGUUCUGCAGCAGCUCGUGAUCGUCCAGUCUCUGAAAGACGCCCCUCCUCUGAACGACGACAGCAUCAUCUUCACGUCUGAGAGGGAAGCCGUAGGAAAGGUGUUUGAGGUGUUCGGCCCCGUGUCCAGUCCCUUCUACGUCCUGCGGUUUAACUCCGCGGAGCAAAUCAGCAGCAAGGGGCUGACGGAGGGAAUGACUCUGUACUACACCCCCACCAUCAAGGAGUACACGGAGUACAUCCUGACGCAGCAGCUGAAGGCCAUGAGAGGAUCCGACGCGUCCUGGAAGAACGACCAGGAACCGCCAGCAGAGGCUUUGGAUUAUAGUGACGAUGAGAAAGAGCAGGAAGCAAAGAGGAAACUCAAGAAUGCCAAGAAGAAGAAGGACCCCGGCAACACAGAUAUCCCUGCGGCCGUUGUUUCCUCCCCCAGCGUGAAGCAGGAGAGGCCCGGGGGGCGGGGUUUCCCGGGCCGACGGGCAGGGGCAGGGGGGCGGGCCAGGCACCAGAAGCCCAGAGAGAAGCAGCAGCAGCCGCCUCCCGCUCACCGGUACCCCUCAGCUGCCCCUGCCCCAGCCCUGUACCUCCCCCCUUCCUACCGGUACCCCCCCUCCCCCUCCCCCACCCCCGCCCCCACACCACCUACCCCCACCCAACUACCCCCUCUACCCCCCGCCCCCUCAUCAUCCUCAUCCUCAUCAUCCUCAUUCUCAUCCUCAUCCUCAUGCUCAUCAUCCACUCCCUCCAUCCUUCUUCAACCCUGCCUUCUCUGCACACCUGUGGCGGCCCGGCUCUGUCCCAUUCUCCGACUUCCCCCCUCCCCCUCCUCCUCCCCCGCCCCCUCCACCCCCCCAGUGACAUCCUGUGGGUGUUAGCACCCCGGACCAGCCCAAACAGCCUGCCACUCUCACCUUAUUCCAUAAAUAUAAACACUUCUAUUCUAGAUGUGCAGAUAUUUGGACAUGUAUAAUAUAGACGCUUCAGGGGGUUUAUAUUUGUCCUUUUCCACCUGCAGGUUAUGAGCAUGUUGCUUGUUCACUGAUGCUGUAUGUGGUCAAACGGGCGUCUUUUUUUUUUUUUUUUUUUUUUUUUCACUUUUUUAUGCAAGCCAAGCGCCUCUUUGCUCCUGCACUGCAAAAACUCAAAAUCUU